ACACGGAAGUGUGUUUUUCCUGGCGGGACGUUCGGUUUUCCUUCUUUGGAAAUGGUUGUGAACUUACUGUCUCAUAAAUUGGCUUUGUGUAUCGUUUUUCUAAAGUAGCCAGCAAGACUCACAGCAUGGCUGGGAAUACAGUGGAAUACACUAUAGGAGGAGUGAAAAUUCACUUCCCCUGUAAAGCCUAUCCCUCUCAACUUGCUAUGAUGAACUCGAUUGUUCGUGGCCUAAACCAUGGGCAGCACUGCUUGUUGGAGAGCCCUACUGGGAGUGGGAAGAGCCUAGCGCUGCUGUGCUCAGCCUUGGCGUGGCAGCAGGCACAGUAUAAUAAAUCUGACCAGAACGAUGGAAUCCCCUCAUGUGAUGUCAAAAAGCCAGAUGUCACCACUCCAUGUCAGUGUGCAUGUCACAGUCGAGAUUCUGACCCAUGUACUUCCUCAAGCAGCACAGCAUCCAAACAACCUGUGGUUGAUCUUACUGGUGAAGGUGAUGCUGCUCAAGCCAUCACUUCUCCAAAAGAAGAGAACAGUGCAUGCAAGAGAUCCACUCUGUCUUCCAGGCUCUCUGAGAAGCUUCAGGCUUCUCUCACUACAGAGAGAGAACAAGGUGAUGACGAUGAUUUCAAGACUGAUGGGAAGCGCAUGCGGGCACCUGCUGUUGACCAGAAGAGCAGGAAGCGAAGGUGUCUGGAGAAAGGUGUGGUUUACAUUGAUGAUGAUGGUGAUGCAGAGCUGGAGAGGCCUGUGGCUGGAGCUCAGAGCUGGACUGUGGAGCUAGGCACUCAAGCCAGGGCUGAGGGUAGCCUGCCACCUACAGAGUGCUAUUCUCCUGUGUCUUGUUCUCUGUGUCCCUGUGCCAGCCUCAGAGAUGGACAGAAGGCAGGUGAAAAGGCCAAGGACAAAGACAAGGAGGUCAAUGGGAAGAAAACUAUACCCAAGAUCUUUUUUGGUACACGCACUCAUAAACAGAUAACCCAGCUUGCUCGAGAGCUGAAGAGGACGCUCUACUCCACUGUCCCCAUGACCAUCCUGUCUAGCCGAGACCAUACCUGUGUGCACCCUGAGGUGAUGCCCCAUGCCAACCGCAACGAGCGCUGCAAGGAGCUGCUAGAGGCUAAGAACGGCCGAUCUUGUCGAUUUUACCAUAAUGUGCAUAAGAUGCGGGAGCAGAGCAGCCUGCAGUGGGUGCAUGGGCUACACCAGGCCUGGGACAUAGAGGAGCUGGUGUGUCUAGGCAGUAAGCUGCGGUCCUGUGCCUACUAUGCAGCUCGAGAGCUCAUGCAGGAAGCUUGCAUCGUCUUCUGCCCUUACAACUAUUUACUCGACCCGCUUAUCCGGAACAGUAUGGAAAUCAACCUGAAAGGGCAGAUUGUGGUGCUAGAUGAGGCUCAUAACAUUGAGGACUGUGCCCGAGAGAGUGCCAGCUUCACCCUCAACCAAACCCAGCUGUUGCAAUCCCGUGAAGAGAUUGAGGGCCUAGUGACCUACAACAUCCGUCGUAGCAAUCAUGAGCCUCUCCUGGCCUUUUGCUGCAGUCUACUCAAUUGGAUAGAGGAGAGCUCUAGUGCCUUGCAAGAGAGGGAUUAUGAGUCUGCAUGUAAGGUGUGGACAGGGAAGGAAGUUCUGGGUAUUUUCCAUGGUCUUGGCAUCACAGCUGGGACGUUUUCAGCACUGCAGAAGCACCUAGAGGUGGUCCUGGAGAAGGAGGAGCGAAUUAGUCUGGUGAACGGGAGAGAGGACGCAGUCCAGAUUCCCACCAUCAGCUCCAGCACUCAAUCUGUGCUCACAAGCCUCUUCAUGGUGCUUGAAUUCCUUUUCCGACAAAACUGCAGAUUUGCAGAUGACUACCGUGUGGCCCUGCAGCAGAGCUAUAUCUGGACCACCCAGCAGGACGCUCUUGACGUCCAUGGCUUUUUUGCUCGGCCUAGUCGCCGUCGCCAAAGUACCCGUACUAAAAAACUGGUGCACACGCUCAGCUUCUGGUGCCUUAACCCUGCUGUGGCAUUCUCUGACCUGAGUGAUUCAGUACGCAGUAUAGUGCUUACAUCUGGCACCCUGUCCCCUAUGGGCUCCUUCUCUUCAGAACUGGGCAUCAAGUUCUCCAUCCAGCUGGAGGCCAGUCAUGUCAUCAGCAAGUCGCAGGUGUGGGUUGGCACAGUUGGAAUGGGUCCCCAGGGCCGCAGGCUAUGUGCCACGUUUCAGCACACAGAGACGUUUGCCUUCCAGGAUGAAGUGGGUGCACUGCUGCUGAAAGUGUGCCAGACAGUGAGCCGAGGAGUACUGUGCUUCCUGCCAUCCUACAAGAUGCUGGAUAAGCUGAGGGACCGUUGGAUGAACACAGGCUUGUGGGAGAAAUUGGAGGAGCGGAAGACUGUGAUUGCAGAACCACGUGGAGGAGCAAAGAGCGACUUCGAUGAGCUGCUGCAAACAUACUAUGAGGCCAUCGGACAAAGUGGACCCAGAGAUGGAGCACUGCUGAUUGCAGUAUGCAGAGGGAAAGUGAGUGAGGGACUGGACUUUACUGAUGACAAUGCUAGAGCGGUGGUCACCAUUGGCAUUCCCUUCCCCAACAUCAAAGACCUUCAGGUUGAACUGAAGAUGAAAUACAAUGAUCAGCAUUCCAAAUCCAGAGGGCUUCUUCCUGGAGGUCGCUGGUAUGAGAUCCAGGCCUAUCGGGCUCUAAACCAGGCAUUGGGAAGGUGUAUUCGACAUAGAAAUGACUGGGGGGCACUUAUUCUAGUGGAUGAUCGUUUUAGGGCUAACCCCAACAAAUACAUCACAGGCCUUUCAAAGUGGGUGCGUCAACUGGUGAAGCAUCAUGAUAACUUUACUAGCGCCAUACAGUCCCUGGUGUCCUUCUCCCAGAUUCAACAGGGGGCAGUGCAGACCCACAUUGAAGAGCUUGGUCAGAUGGCCCCGUCCAGUGUCUCAGGGAGUGACACACCAACUCUGUUGUCCCCUGUUGACUCCUUAGUUUUGCCCCAGAGUUCUGAGGUUCAGACUGUCGUCCCUUCUGUCAACAGUACUGCCGAACCAGGUGAGCAGAAGCUUCCUCAGCCUCCAUCUGAACAACCAGCUCCACUGUGUAAUGGCUAUAAAAAUUUGCCCACAUCACGAUCCUCAAUCAACCUGUUCACCUCCACUCCUGUUAGUUCCCGAUUGAGAACUCCUCUUUUUAAAUGUAAAGAUUCCAAAAAGGACACUGCCCAGAGUGGAAAUCCAGACACCAAUAAGAAGGAUACCAUUCCAGCACUUGACGAGGAACAGACAGCUCAGACAGGACGUCUUACCAAGAGUGAACUGCAUGAGAUUCCAUCUGAUCCUCCUCCUCAGCAACUAGACCUGUCUCCUGUAAAGAUAGCCCUGGACUGUACAUCCAACAAGGAUAUCAUUGUAGUAGAGCCUGAAGACGGGGAAGAGCAGGACCAGAGUAUCUUCUACACCCCAGAGCUGUUUGAGGAGGAGGACGAGGAGGAGGAAGAGGUUACUACAGUAGAAGAGCAAAAGAUUUCAAUUAAAAUGGAACAGAUCAUUCCUUCCUCUAAUGGGACACUUUCUGAGGACUUGUUUGACCAUGAAAAGAGCCAAAAGAGAACCUGUACUGGCUCUACUGACCUUAAAGAAGGCAUUGAGGUUCCUAACAGAGACAGUAUGCUAUCUCAGAGUGUAGCAGAGGAGGCAGGGAUGAGCUGUAGUGCAGGCAAUGAGGACAGGGCCACAAGGCAACAGCAACGCAACAGCAAGUCACAUAGGCUCUCCAGGUCUAGACAGAAAGCCCCAAGCAAACCAGCAGCAGCAGGUAAAAUCACUGCACAUUUCAUGUGCCUCCCUAAGGAUAGCCAGCCAGAUGUCAUCAUGGUUGAUGACUGAAAAGCUGAAAUUUGAAUAAUGGUAAAAAAUAAAUAAAUAAAUAAAAAGUAUAUAUUUUAGAAAAUAAAUUGUUGUUGGGUCAUGUGAAGGAUUUGUUAGAACGCAUGAUAACAUCUACAGGGGGUCAGCACACAGUGAAAGAUUUAGAGAUUGGUUAUAGUGCUUAGUUUGACAUUACAGCCACCUGCGAUAUCAUAGGCCAAUACCACAAUUAUGAAAAAAAAAUUGCUGGACCGAACAGAGUUUUACAGACUUUGAAGACUUUCCAAAUGAGCAUUCGAAUACUCAUUCUCAAAAGCAAAAAGAUGCUUACAUUUUAAUCAGUGUAUCAGUCCACACCGGCUGCGCUAAAUGUGAGUCUAUCAAAACUUAAAACAAUUCUUUCCUACUUGUGUAUGAGUGUAAACACAAGUCAAAUGGUACAGUCCCACUCUCUUUAGUUCUCUACACUAGAUUUGAAGUAAUAUUUGAACCAAACAUGUUGAUCUUGUUGGCGUAGGAGUAGCAGAACAGUUUGGGAGACUCUUAUACAGGGAUAAAAACUUGAUUUUGUCAAAAUGAACAAAAAUGGUGUUUUAACCUACUGUAUGAUUGUUUAAUUAGAAAAGUAAGGCCUGCCUGAAGCAAUUAUGUGUUAGAUUUGAGUCAGUGUGGACUAUGGAUAAGGAUCACUAUACUUACAUACUUGAGAUGAAGCAUCAGAAUUGCCAUACCUCCCUAGUAUUCUAACUUCUUAUUGCUUACUUUGCACUGAACAGUUUUUCUUACAGUAAUUUAAUAUAAUUCAUGUUUAAAUGUAUUUAUAUACCACUUACCAUGUAGGUUCAACCUGUAUUUCUGCGAUUACAGGCUUGAUUCCAUUUGUUUCUCUGUAUACUUUGUUAGAGUAUUCAUUUAGUUCAGGCCAAUCAACAAACACUAUAUUGUGCAGCCCUCAUCCCUAGGUCCUGUGUUACUAAUAAACAAACAUGACCAGCCUUUGACUGCAGAACUGCUUUUAACAUAAUGCUGAUAUUUUUGUUGAAACUCAUUAAAAUGAGUGUUGAGUACGUCUCCCAUUCCUAAAAAUAUGAGGCCUGAUUUUAAUGAGUUGGCCUGUAGUGGCUGUGAAGUGGAACAGGGUUUUUUUACAUGGUUGAUUUCACAUGACUGGGCGCUAUUACAUUUUUACACACAUACUACAGCCCAGUAAAAAUUUAAUUGUAUGUCCUUAGAAUAUAAACAAGGAGAAGGCUGUGUAGCUGCGCAGGAAGACAAGUGAUGUGAAGGGGCAGUAGGGCAAUAAACAGCCACAGGAAGCUCCCACCAUCCAUCUUGAUCCCACAGAGAACUCAAGAAAAGCUGCCUUUUUGUACAGAUUGUUUCAAUACCAAAAAACAAAUAAUGUAUUUAAACAAUGCGUAAUAAAAUAUUCAUUUUGUUCUCCUUC